AUCUUUCAUCAUUAAGUCGGUAUAUGGAACGGAAAACAGUAGCAAAGACAAUCAAAAUUAUGAGAAAGAAUGACCCAAAAAUAGGAGUUGCAAAACCUUCAAUUAAUAUCCUUAAUAAUAUUUCACCGUCCAAAAUUCCCACAUCCCCAAGAGUCCCCAAAACAAAUCAGAACAAAUCACAGCGGUUGUUGUAACUUGUAACCUACCAAAACAAACGUGCCUGACAGCAAUAACCAUCUUUCCUGUUUUUUCAUCUCCCUGUAAAUCACAGAGUCAUGAAAAAGAUACUAAAAUAAGAGGAAAAAGAGAGACAGAGAUAGAGAGUGUGUUAGAGACAGCACCCUUUGGCUGGCUCAAUGAGAAACCAAAGGGAAAACUGUCACUGUUUUGGAAAGCUCAGGAAAAGUACCUGAUUUCCAAUCAUGCUACUUUUCAGGUUUUUAGCAGAUCUUUCAUAUAUUUGUAAUAAAAUAAAAUAAAAGAAAAAAAAAAGUUUUUCUUUGGAAAUUUUCGACGGAAAAUGUUUUCCGUUUAUGUGCAGGAGUUUCAGGGGUGUUGCUCUCCUUCCUGAAUUUAGGGUUUUGUUUGGGAGGUCUUUGGUUUGGCAACUUUAAAUGCAAAGCAGUACUUACAUUCCGUCUUGGGUCUCUGGUAUUGUCGCAUGCAUGGGAGGCUGUCUUGGAUGCUUUACCAAACCCACACUAAUUAUUGCGGUGGAUGAGCCAUCAAAGGGACUGAAAAUUCAAGGUCGAGCAGUGAGAAAAUCUAGCGUAUCGGAGGAUAUCUGGAGCUCUAGCACUCUUGAUAUGGACAACAGUGCACUCCAGUCCCAAAGAAGUAUCUCAUUAAUUAGCACAUCAAACCAGGCCCUUGAUCCCCAGAGUACUUCUACCAGCACUCUCAACCCUCCCGAAUUUGUAAAUCAUGGUCUUCUUCUAUGGAACCAAACAAGGCAACAAUGGGUAGGAAAUAAAAAUUCUCAGAAACGGCCACAAAAUCGAAAACCCAGGAUGAGUUGGAACGCUACAUAUGAGAGUUUACUUGGAACCAGCAAGUAUUUUCCUCAACCCAUCCCUCUUGCUGAGAUGGUUGACUUUCUCGUCGAUGUUUGGGAUCAGGAGGGUUUGUAUGAUUGAGCAACCAAAACCUCGAAAACUUUAAAAUGAUUUUAAGUCUCUCUUUCUCUCACCAUGUAAGUCCUUGGGUUCUAAAUGGAUAUGUAUUGGUACCAAUUUCGCUUGGUCAUCAUUUGUCCAGUUUCAUUUCUAUUAGGCUCCUCUGGUUGAAAUCAGAAAAUGCAUUUGUGCCGCCUACUCAGGUGUAAACUUAUCGCUCACUGGUCAUUCAAAAAGAUUUCAGUGAGAGUAUAUUGUAUUUAUUAUUAUUGUUAUAAUUUUGGUUUUGCUUUUUAUCA